AUGUCCACGUCUAAGCCCGGCACCGCACCGCACCUUGUGACAGAGCUCAACCCCAAAGGAAUUAAACCCUGUUGUGCAUGCCCUGAAACCAAGGCAGCGCGUGAUGAUUGCUUCCUUCGAUUCGGCCACAGCGUGGAGGAGCAUGGCGAAUCGGCACGAAAGUGUGAAGAGCUAGUCAAGCGUCAUCGCGCGUGCAUGGCAUCGCUAGGAUUCAACAUUUGA